AUGCCCUGGGCCGCGCUCCUCGGCCUCCUGGCCGCGGUGCUGCUGCUGCUGCUGCUGAGCCGCCGGCGCACGCGGAGUCGCGGGGCCAGCGGCAGGCCCGGAGCCCCGGCUUCAGACUCCCGGGCAGAAGGGGCACAUUCCCACCCGCCACCCCCACGGGCCGGACCCUCGGAGAUGGGCGUCUCAGGCCUCCGCAGAAGGGGCGCCCUGGCUGACUCCACUGACCCAAGAGUGCCCAGGCCGAGCCGCACCUGCAAAGAAGGCUCAACCGGCGCGCAGCGCGCCGGCUGGGGCCUGCGAGGGAGCCUCCUAUGCCCUGUACUCUUUAUCUCCCUCCCUGCAUUAUCAAAUGGUAAUAAGUGCUGUGGUUUCUACAGGCGACCUGGAGAGCCUCCCUUGGACCUGGGCAGUAUCCCCUGGUUGGGCCAUGCCUUGGAGUUUGGAAAAGAUGCUGCCAGCUUCCUCACUAGGAUGAAGGAGAAGCAUGGUGAUAUCUUUACGGUGCUGGUGGGGGGCAGGUAUGUCACUGUCCUCCUGGACCCACACUGCUAUGACACAGUGGUGUGGGAGUCUCGCACCAAGCUCGACUUCCACGCCUAUGCCGUCUUCCUUAUGGAAAGGAUUUUUGAUGUGCAGCUUCCGCAUUACAACCCCAGUGAUGAAAAGGCCAGGAUGAAACCGACUCUCCUCCACAGAGACCUCCAGGCACUCACGGAAGCCAUGUAUACCAACCUUCGCACGGUCCUGCUGGAUGAUGCUACAGAGGCAGGUGGUGGCUGGCACGAGACAGGGCUCCUCGAUUUCUCCUACAGCUCCCUGCUCAGAGCCGGCUACCUGACCCUGUACGGAGUCGAGGCACUGCCACGCACCCAUCAGAGCCAGACCCAGGAUCGCGCCCACUCGGCCGACGUCUUCCACACUUUCCGCCAGCUCGACCUGCUGCUCCCCAAACUGGCACGCGGCUCCCUGUCAGUGGGGGAUAAGGACCAUGUGAGCAAGGCCAAAGGUCGCCUGUGGAAGCUGCUGUCCCCUGCCAGACUUGCUACCCGGGCCCACCGGAGCACCUGGCUGGAAAGUUACCUGCUACACCUGGAGGAGAUGGGUGUGUCAGAGGAGAUGCAGGCACGGGCCCUGGUGCUGCAGCUCUGGGCCACACAGGGAAAUAUGGGUCCCGCUGCCUUCUGGCUUCUGCUUUUCCUCCUCAAGCAUCCCGAGGCCCUGACUGCUGUCCGUGGAGAGCUCGAGCGUGCCCUCUGUCAGGUGGAGGAGCCUGUCUCACAGAUGACCACCCUUCCACAGAAGGUUUUAGACAGCAUGUCUGUGCUCGACAGUGUGCUGAGUGAGAGCCUCCGGCUCACGGCCGCACCCUUCAUCACACGAGAGGUCGUGGUGGACAUGGCCAUACCCAUGGCAGAUGGGCGGGAAUUCUCCCUGCGACGUGGUGACCGCCUCCUCCUCUUCCCCUUCCUGAGUCCCCAGAGGGACUCAGAAAUCUACACAGACCCAGAGAAAUUUAAGUACGACCGAUUCCUGAACGCUGACGGAUCGGAGAAGAAAGACUUCUACAAGGAUGGGAAACGGCUGAAGAAUUACAACAUGCCGUGGGGCGCGGGCCACAACCAGUGCCUCGGGAGGAGUUACGCCAUCAACAGCAUCAAACAAUUUGUGUUCCUGAUGUUGGUGCACUUUGACCUGGAGCUGACCAAUCCAGAUGUGGAGAUCCCUGAGUUUGACCUCAGCAGAUAUGGCUUCGGUCUGAUGCAGCCGGAACACGACGUGCCCAUCCGGUACCGCUUUCGGCCAUGAGGUCCAGAAUAGAUAGGGCCUCUGUGCGCUCGCUUCCACCCAGCCUGCACCCACCCUGCCAACUUUCUGUGACCGCAUUUUGCCUGGGUGCAGAGCUGUGAACACCCGACAGCGCCAGCAUUAUCACAGGCCUGCUUUUUUUUGUUAGGCUAUGUCCAGGGGAGGGGAAAGAGGGGAACUGAGAAAAGGCAAAGAAAGAGAAGACAUGGAAAGCUCUGUGGAUUUUCUGCUGUUGAGUUUUAGUUCCAACAUCAGGCUCUUUCUGCUCCCAGCAAACCUCGCUGCUCUCAUCUUCGGAUGGCCACAAAAGCUAGUUACAGACAAGGUGGAGCUAGGAGUCCUCCCUGCUGUGCCCUCAGCUCGCAGAGGGUGACCUUCCAAGUACUUAACAACUGGUGUGGCCUAGACCUCAGCCAAUCAUAAUAGAUACUGUCCAUAAAACACCAGUUGGGACCUAGCAGUGUGUCCCUUGAAAUCAUUUCCACUCCCAAAUUAUUAUUAAAAGAGCUAAAGCCAAAGGAGUCCCCUUAGAGUAUCUGCUUGCCUGGAUGCCGCAUCCGCUGGGCACUGCCCUUGCCUCUCCAUUCAGACUGAUGCUUGAGAAAAUGCAGGAGAAUUUUCCAGGGGCUGUUGCAUCCUGGGUGCAGAACGUGGACACCCUCGGGACAAGGGUGUCCCAGGAGUAGCACUCUCUGUUCUGGAGUUAAGGGCUCAAGAUGUUGUCGUUGUGAGCUGCUGUCGAGUUGGCGCCCGAUUUAUGGUGACCCAAUGCAUAACAAGACCGGACUGUUGUGAUCCAUUGAGUUCUCUUUGGCUGAUCUUUCAGAAGUAGAUUGCCAGGCCUUUCUUCUUGGUCUGUCUUAGUCUGAAACCUACUCAGGAUCAUAGCAAUAUGAAAGCCUCCACUGACAGAUGGGUAAUGGCUGCCUUUGAGGUGCAUCAGCUGGGAAUUGAACCAGGGUCUUCUGCAUGGAAGGCGAGAAUUCUACCACUGAACCAGCACCGCUUGCAUGUUCAAGAUGGAAUGGGCUUUUCCAGUGCUUUAUCUCAGAUAGGGAAACUGCGGAAGACACAACCCUGAGGGAUGUUUGGAAGGAACCAGGCGCAGGGGUCCUGAGACUGGUCAAGUCAAGGAAGGAGGACGUGUUGGUUUCUCGCCUUCUGCCUCAGCAGCUCUACCUGUUGGGCCAGAUCAGCCCGCACAGAUGACUUGUUUGGCCUACACUUAAAAAAAAAAUACAUUUAGUCUCUAGGAGAGUUGAUUCAGAAUGCCCAGCUUCUCUUGAAAACUUGGGAGAUCUAGCCACACUGGGCCCUCAUCCCAAUGGCACUGUUCGGCCAGAGCUGAGUAGCAGCUGUCUGCUUUGAUCGGGCCUGUGCCCUCUGCUUUACCAGGCUUUGGACUUGGUUGGCUUCUCCAUUUAAAGUACCUCCUUUCCCUUAGAGGCAUUUGAUUUGAGGCUCUGGUUCUAGUUCUGAGAAGUGAUAUUAAUGAGUGAGAACCAGCGACCUGGUCCUCAGAGCAAUUGCCCAUCCCAUUCUGGGUGUGCCCAGAGAUGAGAACUUGUCCUUGCUUCAGCUUUAGGGAAAAAAGCAAAGGAAGAAGAAAGAUGGCCUGGAAACCUUUAUUAUGAUGGUGAAUAGCAUUAUUAAUAUUAGUUCCUGUUGAUUGCGGGAAACCCUGGUGACAUAGCGGUUAAGUGCUACGGCUGUUUACCAAAAGGUCGGCAGUUCAUAUCUACGAGGCGCUGCUUGGAUACUCUAUAGGGGUGUUCUACUCUGACCUACAGGUCACUAUGAGGCAGAAUCGACUCAACGGCUAUGGGUUUUGUUUAUUGCGUGCCACCUAAAUGCCUGUGGCAGGCACAGUAGGCCUUGUAUCUCUACUUCUUAAGCAUCUUAAGAGAAGAUGAUGAGGCCUGCUUUCCAGAUGAGGAAACAGGUGAAGUGACUUGCCUGGGGUCACGCAGCUCAUAGCUGGUAGAACUCGGUAGGCAGACUUAUUGCCCCAGAAGCAAAUACUAAAGGGACAGCUCUUUGUUCCUUGGGCUCAAGGGGGUGGCAGUUGGGCAGUUCAGUUUGGCCCUGGAGAGCUGAUGGAGCCAGAGGCACCCAUGCAUGCAUGCAUUGCAUGAGACAGACACACAACUAGGUCCCUCUAGCUUUAGCUGACAGGCAAGGACAGACCUCCAAACGAUCCAGAGGCUAGUCUCUUCUGGGAGCAGCGCCAGGGCUUAGGGCCUUCCCUGGCCCCAGCCUCCAGGCACCCUCAGGAUUCCCAGACUGACACUGUGAUUGGCAGGAGGCGGGAUAUCCCCAGGGAAACCCAUCUUCACGCCUGGGUGACCCCCGCUGCCGCCGCCUGCUUCUUAACUCUGCAGGAAAUCAGGACUGGCAGCCUUGUGUGGGAGGCUGGAGCCGAUUUCCAUGGCAACCCUCCACUGCCUCAUCUCUGGCUCAGAAAGGAAGGAAGAAGGGUGGGGAAAUCACUGCAGGAAGAUGUGUCUGCAGGGCUGCAACCCUGGCGAGCUGGGAAGAGCUCUUCGUGAACUUUCACCUUUCAAAUCAGGGCUGGGCUCUCACUGAAAUGAGAUUUUCAUCUGCAUUCAAAAGAGGGCUCAGUGCCCUUUAAAGGUGAGUCUCCUCAGAGCCAUAUCAUUAGGAAGACGUGGUACCCAAGAUAUUGAUGUACAGUUUGGGAAACAAGGAUCUAAACCCUCCUUGUUUUAAUCUUUCUUUUUCUUUUCUUUUUCUCUCUUUCCUUCCUCCCUCCCUGCCUCCCUUCUUCCUUCCCUCUCUUUCUUCCCCUCCCUCCCUCUGCCUCUCUUCUCCUGCUCUCUUGCUUUUAUCAUAAGCUAAGGAGAAAAGAGGCAGAGAUGACAGGUUAGUGAGGAAGGUACCUGGACGUCAUUGUCCUUCAUACCUUGCUUUUUUUUUUUUCUUUUUUUAGAGGCCCAGAAUUGCUGGACAUCUGCUAGAAAUACUCUGAGGUUGACCUUAUGAAGUAUUUCCUUUCCAUUCUCAUUAUUUUUGCUAUGUUUUGUAUUGUUGUUUACCAAAUAUUUCCCUUUAAACAGACUCACUUUUUAAACUUAAAAUAAAUUUCUUUAAAAAGGGAACUUUUUUUCCACCACUGCUGGUAAGGGAUAACAUGUAUCACUCACGCCAGAAAUAGAAAGUGACUGUGAGAAAUAAACGUGCUGGGGAGGGGGCUCCAUGCUGGUGCCGCCAAGGCUCAGAGCCUCAGCCUCUCUCUGCUCUGUUACAAGUGAGAUCAGCAAGUGUAAGCACUGCACUGAAGCCAUACCAGCACCACUCAGAGACUUUCCUCCUCAGCCAUCAGAGGGGUGGAAUGGGCCAGAAAAGGAGUAAGUGGCUCACAGGUCAGUCAGCCACCCGCUCUACUUGGUCUGUGAGCCACCCAGGGUCAUCUCCUACCAUUGGGGGUCCCCUGCCCACGGGGAGCCCAUGAUGUCUGGCCUCACCCUCUCCGCACUCAGAAACAGGCUCAGAGCGGUGGAAUGUCUUGCCCAAAGUCAUUGGUUUUGAUGUUAUUUUUCACAAACACAGUGUUCCCUGAGUGAUUGCUACACCUUGCUGUUUUAAUAAAGAGUUCUAUUUUAUGUAACAUUGCUGAGUGGCAAUGUGCUGAAAUAUAUUAAAGCAUCCUUGUUUGUGGAACUGCCUCUGAGUGUGAUUUAGAUGGAGAGACUUGCUUGUGUCCGGAAUGGGAAGAGAGGGGGACAGAGAAGAGCAUUUUUUUUUAGAGGAAGAAACCGAGGGUCAGAGAGGUAAAGUGGCUUGUCCAAGGUCACGUGGCUGAUCAGUGGUAACGGUGGGAUUCAGGUGCAGCCCUCUCUGCCUCUUGAGACUGUGUUCUGGAUCCUUCCAUCAAUGAUUGUCCUGAUGGCAGAGGGGUUACUGGGUGCCUAUAGAGGACUUUGGAGAAGGAGAGGUCUGAACCCAAAGUAAGGCCAGCAGAAAAGAUCUCUGAGACAUUCUCCAUCCUUUAUCAUGAUGUGUGAAUCCAUUUUAAAAUAAAAAAGAAGGGAUUCCAUGGAUUAAAUUAACAUUGGGAAAAAUAAAAUAGGGAGAAUUGGUUUUUUUCUCAAAUCUUUGAGUAUAAAUAAUGCCCUGGGGCAAAUGUCCUUCAUAUCAGUUUCCUCAUCCGUGAGGGGGGACAUAGAGGCACACACUGGACAUGAAGUGACAGACAUCUCAAACAAACAGUGACUUAAGCACAGCAGAUGUUUCUUUCUCAUACGGAUAUAGGAGACCAGAGACAAUGUGACAUCUUCAUAAUCAGGCCCCUUCCUUGUGGUUCCUCCACCACCCAUAAC